GUACGCGUUAUUCACUUGACGCGCUCGGCGGCAUCUUCGGGCUCUGAUCUGAGUUUGCGACUCUCGCGCUCUCUCUCUCUCUCUCUCUGUAUCGUAGAAGAAAACCCUAAUUUGGUACCUCUAACUAUCAUUUGCAUCAGCUAAGCUGCAGAGAUGUACAAUAAUGUGGGGCCUCAGCCCGGUAUGCCAAGAGCUCCGGGAAACCCUCAGCCAAGUCCAUUUGGGAAUGCAUUUUCUGGACCUGGCUCCGGGUUUAUCCGUAGCGGUUUGGGAGCGUAUGGGGAGAGAAUUCUGGGAUCCAGCUCUGAGUAUGUCCAGAGCAACAUAAGCCGUUACUUCUCUGAUCCGCAAUACUAUUUUCAAGUGAAUGAUCAAUAUGUGAGGAACAAACUGAAGGUGGUUUUGUUUCCAUUUCUGCACAGGGGGCAUUGGACUAGAAUAUCAGAACCGGUUGGGGGCAGACUCUCGUACAAGCCACCGAUCUAUGAUAUAAAUGCGCCAGACUUGUACAUUCCGUUCAUGGCAUUUGGCACCUAUGUUGUUCUUGCUGGACUAUCAUUGGGACUUAACGGGAAGUUUACUCCAGAAGCUUUGAAUUGGCUGUUUGUGAAAGGAUUGGUUGGCUGGUUUUUGCAAUUCAUGAUGCUGAAAGUAAUGUUGUGGUCGUUGGGUAGCGGAGAAGCACCCUUCUUGGACAUCGUGGCAUAUGCAGGCUAUACUUUUACAGGGCUCUGUCUCGCCGUUGUUGGAAAGAUAAUUUGGGGAUACUCGUACUAUGCAUUGAUCCCGUGGACCUGCUUGUGCUCGGGGGUUUUCUUGGUGAAGACGAUGAAGCGAGUCCUCUUUGCAGAAGUCAGGACUUAUGACUCAAGCAGACAUCACUACCUCCUGCUCUUUUUGGCUUUAGCCCAGUUUCCUCUUUUGAUCUGGCUCGGUAACAUCAGUGUUAAUUGGCUUUUCUGAAUUUGCAUUACCUGAAUAUAUUGUUAUGCGAGGAUUGCUCAGGUCAUGUAUCAGUUUUUGAGAUGUAUUUGCAGAAUAGGUGUUGGUGUAUUCUGUCAACAAGAAUAUGAUGAAGAACAUUGCAUUGCAGUUCAGACA